AUGAAAAAAAACAAUUAAUCUACAAUUACAGAUAUUCAUUUUGAGAAACUCUAACGACCAGAUUUAUUAUAUACAAGAAAUCAACAAAAUACUCAAUAAUGCAUACAAUUAUUAUUAAAAGAUCCAACCAUACGAUUAGAAUAAGAAAAUGAGAAGCUAGGUUAAUUGUUGAGAGGACAUGAAUUCUUUAAAACUUCUGAUAAUGAAUUUUUAAUAGAGUGUUGUUAAGUAAGUCUAUUUAAUCAUAUGAUAGUUAAUGAGAUUUGAAUAGUUCCAAAAAAAUUAAGUGAUAUUCUCAAAAAAUUAAUUAGAUUAAAAUAAACUGAUAAUCAUUUUAUCAGGUGAUGUAGUUUUGAAUAAGGGAAAUUAAGAAAUGAUACAUCUUAAACAUUGUGGAUCUAAUCUUCUUCUUUUUGGAAGUGAAUGCUAUUCUGAUAUGUAUACAUUCAUGAUUUUAGAUCAGAUUGGAAUGUUACAUCUAAAACUGCCUGUAAAGUAGCAGCAAUUUCAAAACAUGAUUUCAGAGUGAAUCUAAUGACUUUUGAAGUUAGUCGUAUUACUAAGGAAAUCUCUUAAUUGUAUGCUUUUCCAAUUUUCAAGAAUGUUCCUUAUGCUUAAGUACGUAAAUUCUAUGCUAAUUCAAUGUCAUAAACAUUUUAAUGUUUAGAUAUAGUUUAUUUAUAAGAGUAAAUGAUCAAAUAAAUUUAUUUGGUUAUAAAAGGGAUAUUUGAAUUAAGGGAAUAAGAAAAAGGUAUUGCAAAAGCUGUUCAUAUAUUUACUUAAGGAUAAUUGAUUGGAGAAAAUGAAUUAAAUAAUACAACAUCACUUUGUAAUGGUACAGCCUUUUGUAUUAGUGAAGAAGGAUAAUUACUUAUUUUUGAUUAUGAUUAUUUCAAAGAUAAAGUAUUACCUUAAAUUGAAGACAAUUUAUCAAUUAAAUAAAAGACUUAAAUUACAAAAAAUGAGAAAUUUUUCAAUAAUAAGGUAUCUUUAACUGGAGAAAUCAUUUCUAAAAAACAUCUUUCAAGACAUUAUAAUUUUAAAAAAAGUAAUGAAGAUUAUGAUGAACAAUAGAAAUAAACAAUUAUAUAAAAAAAUAAAAUAAGAUCAACUCAUUCAAUUAAUUCAAUUCAUUAAUCAAAUAAUUCAGAAGAAUUAAAUGAAUCAUAAAUUAAUAAUUUAAAUAGUAAUCUUAAUACUUCUUAGGUUAAAUAAUCUAUUAAAUAAAAUCGUCUAAGAAUAAAUCAAAGAAAUACUCAAAAAUCUAUUCAUUUUUCUAAUGAAUAAAUUAGAUCAUAAAUCAUUAAUAGUCCUAUACGUUCUACUGUAAAUAAAAAAAGUUCAUUGUAAUUAAGUCUAUAAAAAUUAAAAGAAGAUAUUACUAUCUAAAAAUCAUAACAAUAAAUGAAUUUGAGGAUGCCAUUAAAAAAUGAAUUACUUAAUAAAUUUUUAAAUAGAAAAGAAGAAUAUGGAGACAUAGUAUCUAAAAAUAGAAUGAGAAGAACUCUCUCGUAAACUACGAAUGUGAAAAAAACUGUAUAAAUAAACAAAUGA